GCCUGACUGGGUACGAGCUGGGCUGGAGAGAAGAGCCAGUGGGACAGAGGGUGCCUGAGCUUGGUGAGCCAGGGUACUGCUGUCUCCUACAAGAUUGGGUCUACCUGGAGUGUCCUCCCCUCCGUCCCCUGCCCUCUUUGCCCUUUUCCCCUGUCCUCUGUUCCCUGAGCCUGCCUUCUCUUCCCCAUCCCUAAGCCUCUCUUCACCUGUUCCCAACCUUCAGUGGCCUGUCUGUCCCAUGUGUCCCGAGCCCUCUGGCCCCUCCGUCUUGUGCCCUCUACGUAACUAGAGCUGCUGCCUGGGGCCAUUUCAACCUCCCUGCCCCGAGGCACCUCUCCAGGCAGACUGAACUUUUGUUUGUGCGUGUCCGAGCCCAUGCCCCUGCCUCGGACCUAGCUGCUCUUGUCCCCCUGAGCCAGAGAGGGGCCAUGGAGAGCCCUUCUGUGGACAGCAGGGCUAUGCCUGUGUCUGUGUCCCCAGCCAUGGACCUUGUACUGGGUGCUUCAGCCUGCUGUCUCGCCUGUGUUUUCACCAAUCCCCUGGAGGUGGUGAAGACUAGGCUGCAGCUGCAGGGUGAGCUGCAGGCCAGGGGGACAUACGCCCGGCCCUACCGGGGGUUCUUGCGGUCUGUGGGCACGGUGGCACAGGCUGAUGGCCUUUGGGGACUGCAAAAGGGGCUGGGAGCUGCCCUGCUCUACCAGGGCGUCAUGAAUGGAGUCCGAUUCUACUGCUAUUCCCUGGCCCUGGAGGCCGGCCUCACCCAGUACCAUGGGGGCACUGUGGCUGCCGGGGCAUUGGCCGGAGCUCUGGGAGCCUUCAUCGGGAGCCCGGCAUACCUGGUCAAAACACAGCUGCAGGCGAAGACGGCGGCUCCCCUGGCUGUUGGCCAUCAGCACCAGCACCAGACUGCCCUUGGUGCCCUGGAAACCAUCUGGAGGCAGCAGGGCAUCCCGGGUCUCUGGCGAGGAGUCGGUGGGGCUGUGCCCAGGGUCAUGGUAGGAUCAGCUGCUCAGCUGGCCACCUUCGCCUCAGCCAAAGUGUGGGUACAGGAUCACGAGUGGUUUCAGAAGGACAGCUGGCUGGUGGCCCUGGCUGGGGGCAUGAUCAGCAGUGUGGCAGUGGUCAUUGUGAUGACACCUUUUGAUGUGGUCAGCACCCGCCUGUACAAUCAGCCCGUGGACCCAACAGGAAGGGGCCAGUUGUACCGAGGGGUCCUUGACUGCUUGGUGAAGAUCAUACAGGCGGAGGGUCCCCAGGCUCUCUACAAAGGCCUGAGCCCUGCCUAUCUGCGCCUGGGUCCCCACACCAUCCUCAGCCUGCUCUUCUGGGACGAGCUCCGGAAGCUCAUCUACCGAUUUCAGCACCAGGGAACCUAGGGCCCCUUCCUGGCCGUCCUCCUGCAGGACAGAGAGCCCUGAAUUCAGGACCUUCCCUGCCCCAGCAGGAUCUACAUCCUCUCCCAUCCUGGCCCUGCCGCAUCUUCAUGGAAAUGUUGAAAGGACUCAUGGGCGGUGGUGCUGGAAAUGGUGAGCCAGUAGGGAUCCUCCAUGUAGAAUGGGAGUGGACAACAGCCUAUCAUGGACUAGAGGAGGGAAGGGACCCUUUGUUAUCACUAGGAUUGGAGUGGGUUGGUGAAUGUUCACAGGCCACUACUUAAGUUUCUGUUUGCCAGAGGGCCAACUUCCUGUCCUUGGGUCCAUGCCACAGAUUGUACCCGCUCUAAGCUCAGCAGAGUGUCUUGGAAAUAUGGUCUCUGAUUCCCGGGAGAGAGGAUGCCUCAAUGCACCCCAUCGGUACUCCUGGAGAAACACUGAUAUGAGAGUCAAAAGUUGGAGGGGGGGGCCCAAGAUGGCACAUGGAUCAUAGCUGGAAGGGACCUUAGAGGUUAUCUAAUCCAACCCCCUCAUUUUACAGAUGGGGAAACUGAGGCCCAGAGAAGUCACCCAGGUGGUAACAAAACUGGGAUUUGAAACCAAGUCCCCAGACUGAUGCACUGCUACUUAUCCUCAUUAAAUACAAUGACUAGAGCAUGAAAAUGUUCUUUAGAACACAGAAUGCUAGAAUUCAGAAUAUACAGUUUGCAACAGGAGAGACUGCAUGGAAAAUGUUGGACUUAGAGUCAGAAAGACAUGGGUUCACAAUUGAGCCUUGGACACUUGCUGGCUAUGUGACCUUGGGCAAGUCACUUCUCUGUGACUCAGUUUUCCUUCAUCAGUAAAAAGAUGGGGUUGGAUUCAACAGCCUCAAAGGUCUUUUCUAGUUUUAAUGCUAUGUUCCAAAAAUGGCAGCGCUAGAAAGGAUCUCUGAGACCACUUACCCAAACUCCUGCAUUUUACAGAAGAAUGGAACUGACACCCUGAGAAGGCUUGUCCAGGGUGGUAUAAAAAGAGACAGAGCUAGGAUCUGAACCCAAGUUUUCUGGCACCCGGUUAUCUCACUGCCUCACGUUCCCUCAUCCCUGAGAUCCGUUGAGUGGCUGGGUUGGGGGAAAAAAAGGGAAGGCGCAAGGCUGGUCCCUGAUCUCAAAAACAGUCUUUUUUUUUUUUUUUGGUGGGAGGGAGCAAUCAGGGUUAAGUGACUUGCCCGAGGUCACAC